GCUAGCCCGAGAGACCUCUCUCCGUGGCCCGUGUGUGUUGUUUGUUCGUCCGAAGGCGGAAGGAUAUCGCCGCUCGACUCGUUCGUGUAUUCGAUCGCUCGCGUCUUUCACGGUGGCGCCCGGGUUUGACUGUUUUUUUCUCGCGUUGACGGAAUAGCUGCUGCGGGUCCGUUUCGUUUCGGCUCGUGAAUAGUGGAUGCUACCACACUGGAUUAGCAUUAGCGGUGCAUUUCUACUCGCAUUUGUAGGCCGAGAGAUCAGCUGUUACGCUUGUCGACAACGGCGACGACGUCGAUUUACCGUGAAAUAUUUCGGGAUAGCUUGAGUGGAUUAAGAAGCUGCCGGUUUUCCGAAAAAGUUAGUAGGAAGUGCAUCGGAACGGAUUUAUGUGUCGUGUUUUGGUUGUUGAAGCCGGUUGUGUGAUAUUUCCUAGCCGUAGCGAAUACGAAUACAGGAAGCGAAGUGGGUCCAGAGGAUCACUCUGAAGCACGGUCGUCAAAUAUAGAAAAUAGUUCACGCCUCCAUCAGCAGAGUACAGUUGAUCGAUCUGGAUUUGAAAGCCGAGAGUGUGUGUUUAAUAGAUUUAUUGACCGUGGAAUUCAGAUAAUAAUUUAAUUACCACUGGCCUCCAUCUGCUGCAGACCAUGCUGUUGGGGGGUUUCUGCUCGAGAAAAGGGGAGUAAAGAAAUUGGCGUGAAGGUGGUACCCCGAAGAUCAUCGGGGUUCAUUCACUGGAAAUCGGAACCGAAUCAAAGGAAAGGAGGCGUCGUGUGUCUGUGUGUAGAAAGGUGUGCAAGGCGCAACAGAUAAUUAGCCAUGGCGUGCACAUGUUGUGAAUAGUCACUCGCAACGAGGACCCCGAAGAAGAAAACACCAAAGAGAAGGAUCGAAAGAAGAGUUCGCAACUAAAGCCGUGCGUGUUGCUCGAGUAAACAAUCCCAAGAAGGAAGCCGCAUUAAAGAAAAAAAUAAGAAAAAAGUGUGUGAUGCUUCGGUGUUUUUUUUUCUCGAGCACAUCAACCCGGCUCCUGUGAUGUUGCGCGAUGAGUUGUGUUAUUUUUAAGUGAAUGAAAAAUUGAAGGUAAUUUUGCGUCGCCUGCUUUUUUUCUUUAAUGUGAAGCUGUGGCGCUGCUACUGGUUGAUGUUGUCGGAUCACGAUCGUUGCUUGGUAAUGUUGCCGUGUUGAAAAAAAAGUUCAGAUCGCUUCUGCUUCUGCUACAGCGAGAGUGAAGUAAGAACGAUUUAAUUGUCAAAAUAGAAAUUAGGUGGAUGAAAUUCAACUAAUUGGAGAAUAAUUCAAGAGCUGUGACGUGUGAGUGUGUGUUCGCAAGAGUUCUUCAUUCCUUUUUUAAUUUUUCGAUUGGCGAACCGGUUUCGGUUGAGUGACCUUUGCGGUGUUUCGGAAGCCGAAUUUGUCAUCGGGUGCCGGAGCUGUCGUUGCUGCUUCGCCAAUUGGGGAACCGUGUUUGUCUAUUGUUUCUGCUUGGACAACAAAACGAGUUGCUCGUGUUUGAGCACUUAUACGGAACGACACGACGUCGACGAAAACAACGAAAUGACAACAUUUGAUUUUUAUACUUCACCAGCCCCGAUGAUCCUCAAGUGCUGAGCACAACAAAACGACAAAACGAAGUUCCUUCCCUGAAUCGGGCCCCUAAAAAUCUUCGAAGACAAACGAAUCUCCGUCAAAUAAAAAAAAACGGAAACCAACGAAAUGACAAAUUAGGUGCCAAACCGCAAACAGCAAAACUACGACAAUCGACGACCCACGAAGCUGCUGCUCAGUUCCCAUAACAUAGGUAAUUGUAGCCGAAUUAGCGAAGGGAAAAAAGUAUCAAAUAGGAACUCGAAAUCGGAGAUCUCAUAGAAGACAGGUAGCAGCGAUCAAAGGGAACCCUCGAAAUAAAACCCUUGCCAAAAAAUUCGAGUGAGAUAAACAAAAAACUCCGAGCGAAACUUUAACAAAAUAAAGUGAAAGGUGAGAAGAUUGCAACGCUGAGUGCUUCCCGCAAAAAAGAAGAAAAUCCAUCCAACCGGAAGUAUUUUGGUUCCGCCUGGUUCCUGGCUUCUGAGCAAAGUUUUUUUUCUCCCGUCGGUAAAUCUUCAAAAAGUCCAGAUACAAAAACGAUGGGAGCGGAACGGAUUCUUCACUGUUUCUGGUUGCUGGCACUGGUUCAACUGACAAAUGGUCAAUACCGAUCACCGAGAAUCACGGAACAUCCAUCGGAUGCCAUCGUUCCGAAAAACGAUCCAGUAACGCUUAAUUGCAAAGCUGAGGGAAAACCUCAACCGGUGAUCCAGUGGUACAAGGAUGGGGAUCCGAUAAAGCUGGACUCGAACCACGUCCUCCUGCCAUCCGGAUCCCUGUUCUUCCUGAGGACAAUCCACAGUAAGAAGGAGCAGGACGAUGGAGUGUAUUGGUGUGUGGCCAGUAAUAAGGCUGGCACCGUUCAUAGUCGAAAUGCCACGUUACAGGUGGCGGUUUUAAGGGAUGACUUCCGGUUAGAACCAAAGAAUACUAGGGUGGCUGCGGGUGAGACGGCACUGCUGGAGUGUGGUGCCCCAAAGGGCAAUCCGGAGCCGACGAUCCUGUGGCGGAAGGAUGACGUCCAGAUGGAGCUGAACGAUUACCGGGUCAGCAAGGACCUAGCCCGGAUACGAAUAGUUGACGGUGGAAAUCUGCUGAUCAGCGACGUAAGGUCGGCAGAUUCGGGUCGCUACCAGUGUGUGGCCCAAAACAUGGUUGGCUCCCGGGAAAGCACCUACGCUAAGCUGAUUGUUCAAAUCAAACCAUUCUUCAUGGCCAAACCGAUGGACGUCACAAUACUGGAAGGGCAACGAGCCCAAUUUCAGUGUGCCGUCAGUGGGGAUCCUUUUCCCCAGGUUCUGUGGAGCAAAGAGAACGGACACAUUCCGGUGGGCCGGGCGGAAAUUUUGGAAGUCGAUCGAACCCUGGUCAUUCGAAACGUCACACUGGAUGAUCGGGGCCAGUACAUCUGCGAAGCUCACAACGGAGUCGGACAGAUCAGUGCCCGGGCCAAUCUGACUGUCAAUUCUCCUCCAGGUUUCACGGUUCGACCCCAGGACCAGAAGGUAGUCCCAAAUGGGGUUGCCACGUUUCGAUGUGGCGCUAGUGGAGUUCCGGCGCCUUCGGUUUUCUGGACCAAAGAAGGCUCCCAAACGUUGAUGUUUCCCAAUCAAACCUAUGGGAGCAUCCAAAUUUCUGGGCAAGGAUCGUUGCAAAUCCGCGGAGUUCAGAGGGAGGACGAGGGCUACUACAUCUGUUCGGCGCUCAGUGUGGCCGGGUCCGUGACCAGUCGGGUGUAUUUGCAGGUCACCUCAUCGUUGGACUCCAUCACGCCGCCUCUUCUCCAGCAAGUACCCUCGAAUCAGUCCCUUCCGACCGGAACCAGCACGAUGCUGCCCUGCCGGCUGGCCGCUGGUUCUUCGUCAGUUGCUUCCGAUUCCACUUCAUCGACCAUCAAAAUCCUCUGGGAACGGAACGGCAUCGAACUGAUCCCAUCGCAGCUCACCGGCAGCAGUCGAUUCACUCAGCUGCAAACCGGAUCUCUCAAAAUCGACGAUUUGAAGCGGAACGACAGUGGAUGGUACCGAUGCGUGGCUAGGAAAGAAUCCAGAGCGGCUCCACAGGCAAUUGUUGAGAUUGCUUCAUGGAGUGCUUAUCUGAUGGUCGAAGACAAUCUCCCCAUUCCUCAGCAACGCUCGGCAAACCCGGAUCAAACGCCAUCCCCACCAGGAUCCCCUCGAGCUCUUAACAUCACCAAUGCCAACGUAACACUCACCUGGGCCCGUUCCCAGGACAAAUCCCAAUCGCCGACCAUUCUCACCUAUACGGUGGAACAAUUUAGCCCAGACGGCCAAAACCAGGACACGACUGCUGGCGGUUGGCAAAUUGCGUUGCAUCAAAUCGCCGGAAACACGGCCACCGUCAGUGGUCUCCAGCCGGAAACGUCCUACAUUUUUGUGGUUCGAGCCGAGAACUCGUACGGUGUUUCGGCCCCUUCACAGCUGUCAGCCGCCAUCAGGACACUUUCGUCGGACGAUCGAGUUACGGUACCGGAGGAGCUGGAAGCUGCCCGGAACGUGCUCAAUGGCAAGAUACUCGAGCUAAUUGACAUAGUUCCGCUAUCAUCAACUUCGGUCCGGUUAGAGUGGCUCCUCCACAUAAGCGGUUCCGAUCAGUACGUUGAAGGUUUCUACGUCCGCUACCGGGAACUUCAGGAUUCGCGCUCCACUAAUCGAUACAGUAUGCUUUCGAUUCCGAACAACGAAAUGGAAAGCCACAUCAUCAGCAAUCUGAGCAAAUUCACCAAGUACGAGUUCUUCCUGACACCGUACUUCAAGAAUCUCGAGGGGCAACCGAGUAAUGCUCGGAUUGUUCAAACCAUGGAAGAUACCCCGUCGACUGCUCCAGUUAACGUUCAAACCGGAAUGCUGAAUCUAACGGCCGGUUGGGUUCGAUGGGGCGCCCCUCCUAAGGAUCAACUCAACGGAGUCCUCCAAGGAUACAAAAUUCAGGUCAAAGCUGGUAACAUUUCCAAACUAUUGGCUCAGAUGACCCUUAAUGCCACCACGAAUUCUGUUAUGUUGAACAACCUGACAACGGGUUCUGGUUACACCAUUCGAGUGGCCGCUUUCAAUCGAGUUGGACUUAGUCCUUAUUCGAAAUCGGUCCACCUGGUGAUGGAUCCCUCGUUUGUGAUCGUUCCUCAAGGUGUUCACAAUAGCUACAACGACUACGAGGACUUCCGGCAUCACAAUUUCCUUCAUGAAACGUGGUUCAUGAUCUUCGUGGUUCUUUCCCUCUUCAUUAUUCUUCUAUUCACAAUCAUUGGAGGAGUCAUCUUCUUUAAGAAGCGUCAAGGACUUGGAAAACCAGUGGUAACAGUACCGAUCGGAGCGAGACGUGAUCUACCUAACGCUUUGAGUGUCACUCGAAAAGAUAACGGAAUUUGGAUUGAUCGGGGCUGGAGGACUUGUGAUACGGAUAAGGAUUCUGGGUUGAGCUCGAUAAAACUGCUGGAGGGAAAUCAGAUUUACCCGAAUCAGGCGCUCUCCGAUGGAGGCACUGAGUACGCCGAGGUAGAUCCACGGGGGAUAACCUCUUUCUACAACUGUCGGAAGUCACCGGAAAGCCCAACUCCAUAUGCCACAACGAUGAUCAUCAACGGAAUUCCGCACAGUGAGAACGGCGACAUCAGCUUUCAGGGUCACGACACCUUCUCGUCUACUUCCUCUAGUUUUAGAUCAUUCUACGGCUACCCGAGGCCAGUGAUCAACAACGGUAGCAAUCAAGUUCCUCCCAACUGGGUAGACUAUCUUCCUCCGCCACCGGAACAUCCUCCGCCGGCACCUCAGCCACUGGACAUCAACCACCUAAACCACGUGGUCUAUCCCUCGGAGCUGAUCGGCGGAACCAUGUCCAGCUGUUCCCAGGGAAGUAGUUCCUAUUGCUCCCGGCGAACCAGUGGCUACAAGUGAGAUCCGGCCCCACCGUCGUUAUUCGCCAUCAACCACUACCUGAUCAGUCGCCCUCGUCGUCGGCCUCAAACGGAUUUGUCUCCCUCGGAAUCGCUGCUGCUAGCCUAGGAUAAACGUUAAAAGAUUUCAACCAAAACCCAAAGAAACCAAAAAAAAUAAUCUAGCAAUCGAAUUCUACGAGAGACGUUCCCGGGGCAGAGACGACGAGUUUUGUUUAAGAGAACAUCUAUAUUUUUCCAUCUUCGCGGUUUUACUUUGUACAGAGAGAAAUAUAUAUGUGGGGGAAGAAGGGUUUACUGAAGAAACACUGUACAGAGCAUCUUUGUGAUAAAUUUCCUGAAAGCGCUCACCGGAAGAAGAAAUCCGAACAGUACACCCAACCUCCCCCCGAGCCGCGAAAGAUCGAACGAGAGAGAAACAAAGACAGACAGACACCUUUACAAACAAAUAAAAAAAAAACUUCGGGCUGGAAGCAAUUGAGCCCUUUUGGCAAUCGGUCGCCAGUAGCACAGCAUUCUCCGGAUCGAGCAUUCCUGGGGUGGUUCCGCCUAAAGGAACGAUUCUUGUGAUGAAACUAUCGCUCUGCACACUGGGCAAACGUUACCGGACAGCUGAACUUUGAGGAAAGUUAUCGCUUUCCUUUUGGGAAAAGUGCCAUUGCUAAGUAGAAGGGAAAAUCUCCCACACUCGCACACAUACACUUAAACACAAAAAAUACACAAAAAUACACACAAAAAAAAUCGUAAAACGCAAAACCCUCGACUCAAACAACUGCUCAUAAUAAAGGACAAUGUAUUCAAACACAACCAAACCGCAAUUAAAUCAUCGAACGUACAUACAAACACACUUUGAAACUAGUAGUAGUAAUAGUAGUGAAAACGACAAAAUAUAGUAAAUUGAAAUGAAUUUAAUUGAACGAAAUCCUGACAUUGAAUCAGUAGCUAGCUUAUCGAAACGAAACAUAAAACGUAAACAGUGUAAACUAACUUGGACAGACUGCAAAUUAUUUUCGUACAGUAUUGGUAAAAAUUCAACAUGAAGAGAGUAAAAAAUAGGUUGACGAGAGAGAAAAAAAAAGUUAAUAUACGAAAAAUUUCAAUCAAGA